ACGUCAGCUGUGCGGAAGUGGCCAUGGUCGGCGUAUGAAGUGAGGAUUGAGAGGGCAGUCCUUGUGGUCUUAUCUCAGUGCAACCAGUAAAGAAAUGGUGGAGCACAUCAUCGCAAGGGACCCGCUGGCCGCAGAUCUCAAAUGCAGUCUCUUUAUCUCUGCUCUGAAGAGCUACAAAAGAGACUCCGUCUUGAGGCCAUUCCCUCCCUUCUAUACCAAUGACCAAUACAAGGAUUUUGAUGCUUUGAUUGCAGACGCAAAUUCUUUGCCCGGCCUACAAGACGUAAUCCACAGCAAAACCCACCAAGAUAAGAAAACCAUGGAGCUGUUGAGUUGGAUUUUAUCUGAGAAGAUAUUUACCAUCAAGAGUGUGAAAAAGGAAAAGUAUGAGGAAGUCCGAGCCCUGCUAGGCUCUCCCAGUCUUGCUCUGCCCACCCCUGACUUCCUGUUUGAAAUAGAAUACUGCGAGAAACUGAAUGCCAAGUUCCAAGAAACCCGCGGGGACAGGGAUCUGUUGUAUGCUCUGCACGGCAGCCGACUGGAAAACUUCCACUCCAUCCUGCACAAUGGCUUGCAUUGCCAUCUUAACAAGACCUCUCUAUUUGGAGAAGGCACAUACUUGACCAGUGACCUGAGCUUGGCACUUCUAUACAGCCCUGAUGGCCACGCAUGGACUCACAGCAUUCUUGGGCACGUGCUAAGCUGUGUAGCAGUGUGCGAAGUGAUAGAUCAUCCUGAUGUUAAGUGCCAGGCUAAGAAGAAAGAUUCCUCUGAAAUCGACAGGAAGCGUGCAAGGGCACAAAACAGCGAAGGGGGAGAUGUGCCACAGAAAUACUUUGUGGUGACAAACAAUCAGUUGUUAAGAGUAAAAUACUUGUUUGUAUAUACUCGGCAGCAUCCACAAAGAAGAUCCAAGCAGCCAUCUUGGUUUUCCACCCAUCGAUUUGCAAUCAUGAUGGCACUUUACCUGCUUGUACUCAUUCUUAUUGGCUUAAGCAGCUCUAAGGCAUUUACGCAGCAAUGGAACCGGCUGCUGGGCUGGAAGCAUUGAGAGCCCCAACUCUUUGGACUGCACCACUCGCCUUAACUGUGUAUUUGUGACACAGCCACGCACUUUCUACUCUGUGACUGAAAGUACUUUGACAUGUGCAAACAUGAAACCGUUCUAAGAGUUAACUGACUCAUACACUUUAUACUGACCAAAUUCAAGAGGGAUUUAUAUGAUCGGAAUAGUUUCAUGCACUAUUCUUUCUGUGUGUGAUUAUAGGGCUAAAAACUGAUCAAUAUUCUGUAUCAAUACACAUACUAUAAGAAAACCAAAUGAAAUGGAUUAUCUGGCAUCUGCGUUUGUCUGUUACAGGAUUACAAGCUUUAUCUGUCUGUAGUGGUUCCUCUGCAUCACAAAAGGGCAUUUUUAUACUGAAAAGAUGCAUCUUGCAUGAUCUGAAUGGAAAUAAUGGCUAUGUAAUUAUUUUAACAUGAUUCUGGACUGAGUGUAGACUCUUUUUUUUCUAUUUUGUUUCCUCAUAGUUUUGCCAACAUUAAAAUAGAUUGCGGCCCCUGGCAUUUGAAUACUAUGCCUAUGUCAUAUUGUCCCUGUGACUGGAUCAGACAAAAUAAUGUUUUAGCCAGUGUCAAUAAUCGUUGUUUGCUUUAAUCAUGUCUGGGUUCCUUUACACUUGGCCAAGACUAGGAGUCAUGAUAGAAAGUCUGGGCUGAUUUCUGUUCCAAAUACUAAUCACUGUUGUCCAAUACACCAGUAGAACAUAUUAUAAUAAUGUGAUUUAGUUGAGAGGUGAAAUAAUUCUUCUGGAUGUUCUGUAGGCUCACUUGAUGCAGAAAUGGUUAAUUCAUUUAUUGGGUUUAAUGUUAUUUAUGCACUGCUUUAUAAUCACUAAUUCACAAGCAGAUGUGCACUGUCUGAUGUCUGAAAUUGAGUCUUUGGUCUGAGUUGACAUCUUUUAUUGGGCCAACGGAGUGAAGAGACCUGAGGUCCUGAAAGCCUCUGUGACUCUUCAACAGAAUCUUCCGAUAAGGAAGGCUCCAUCUUCUCUUGGGCAUUGAAACAUUCUCCGCUUACACUUUUAAAAGGAAUUCCCAGAGGUUUUGUAUAUUCAUUCAUAUGUAUGUUUAUGUUAGUGUAAUUACGUCUGUAAUUGGGGUGUCAUUUUGUAUUAUGUUAUGACUGCUAUAUUUUUGGAAUAAAGCUCUGUCUUGGCUUCCUAUUUUAACAA